CCGGCCCUGCAUUCCAGCCGGGCCUGCCAGCGCGGGGGAAAAGCCGGAGCCGCCUGGACAGGAGCUCAGACCCAGGGCCUGCGCCCGCCGGCUCCCCCGGGUGAAGAGGAGACUGCGGCGAAGGACUAGCGGGACCCGGGGCUGCCCCGAUGAGGCUGUGGGGCUGGCUGCUGGCGGUGCUGGGGGGGGGCCUGUGCCAGCACCCCGAGCCCCCACAUGGCUGCUCCAUGGGCAGCUGCUACCCAGUCACCGGGGACCUGCUUGUGGGCCGAGCGGAGCGGCUGGAAGCCUCCUCCACGUGUGGGCUGCAGGGACCCCAGCCCUACUGCAUCGUCAGCCACCUGCAGGAGGAGAAGAAGUGUUUUGUGUGCGUGCGGCCCUACGCCCCUGGCCCCCUCAGCCACCGCAUGGAGAACGCCGUCCUCCUUCCUCCCCACCGCAGGAAGGCCUGGUGGCAGUCAGAGAAUGGCGUGGAGCACGUCAGCAUCCGCCUGGACCUGGAGGCCGAGUUCCACUUCACCCACCUCAUCAUGACCUUCAAGACCUUCCGCCCGGCGGCCAUGCUGGUCGCGCUCGGCGAUUUCGGCCGCACCUGGAAGGUUUAUCGCCGCUAUGACUGCGCUGCGGCCUUCCCGGCGCUGCCGCGCGCCCUGCGCAGGGUGGACGAUGUCAUCUGUGAGUCCCGCUACUCAGACAUCGAGCCGUCCAGCGAGGAGGAGGUUAUCUACAGAGUCCUGGACCCAGCCAUCCCCAUCCGAGACCCCUACAGCCCGGCCAUCCAGGAUCUGCUGCGUGUCACCAACCUGCGGGUGAACCUGACCCGGCUGCACACGCUGGGCGACCAGCUGCUGGACUCGCGGCGGGAGAUCCAGGAGAAGUAUUACUACGCCCUCUACGAGCUGGUGCUGCGCGGGAGCUGCUUCUGCUACGGCCACGCCUCCGAGUGCGCGCCCGCCCCCGGCGCCCAGGCCAACGUGGAGGGCAUGGUGCAUGGCAGGUGCGCCUGCAAACACAACACGCAGGGCCUGAACUGCGAGAAGUGCGACAGCUUCUACAACGACCUGCCCUGGCGCCCGGCCGAGGGGCGCAGCACCAACGCCUGCCGGAGGUGUAACUGUAACCAGCACUCGCGCCGGUGCCACUUCGACAUGGCCGUGUACCUGGCCACGGGCAACGCCAGCGGGGGCGUCUGUGACGACUGUCAGCACAACACGAUGGGCCGCAGCUGCCAGUUCUGCAAACCCUUCUACUACAGGGACCCUGGCAGGGACCUGCGGGACCCCGGGGCCUGCCGAGCCUGUGACUGUGACCCAGCCGGCGCCCUGGACGGCGGGAUCUGUGACGCCCACGACAGCCCGGCGCUGGGGCUCCUCGCCGGGCAGUGCCGCUGCAAGGCGCACACCUGGGGCCCGCGCUGCGACAAGUGCCAGCCAGGAUUCUUCGGGCUCAGCGGCGACAACCCCCAGGGCUGCCAGCGCUGCCAGUGCCACCCGCAGGGGACGGUGUCGGACGGGACCCAGUGCGACCCCGUCAGUGGCAACUGCUUCUGCAAGCGCUUGGUGACCGGCCAGAGCUGUGACCAGUGCCUGCCGGAGCACUGGGCUCUCAGCCACGACCUGCUCGGCUGCCGCUCCUGUGACUGCGACGUGGGCGGUGCCCACCACAACCAGUGUGCCGCCGAGACCGGGCAGUGCCACUGCCGCAGCCACAUGGCGGGCCGGACGUGCAGCCAGGUGGAGGCCGGCUUCUACCUCGCCCACCUGGACCACCACACCUACGAGGCGGAGGAGGCCCGGCUGCGCCAGGGCACGGUGGUGGAGCGGGCGCAGCCCACGGGCCGGCCAGCCACGUGGACGGGGGCAGGGUUUGCCCAUGUGCCAGAGGGCGGUGCCGUGGAGUUCCUGGUCAGCAACGGGCCCGCCUCCAUGGAGUACGACGUGGUGAUCCGCUACGAGCCCCAGCUCCCGGAGCCGUGGGAGGAGGUGAAGCUGUGGGUGCUGCGCCCCGGGCCCAUCCCCACCGGCAGCCCCUGCGGGAACACCAUCCCUGCUGACGACCGGCUGGCCACGGCGCUGCCGCCCAGGGCCAGGUACGUGCUCCUGCCCCAGCCCGUCUGCCUGGAGCGUGGCAUCAGCUACACCCUGCGCCUGGAGCUCACCCGCUACACGUCCCGCCAGGCGGUGCCCGGUGCCAGCGUCCUGCUCGACUCGCUGGUGCUGGUGCCGCGCUAUUCCUCCAUGGAGAUGUUCAUUGCGGGCGACGCGGGCGCCGUGGGGCGCAGGGAGGCCUUCGAGCGGUACCGCUGUGACCAGCACACCUGGGCCGUGGGCAAGGCGCCCGCCAGCCAAGUGUGCACCACCCUGCUCACCAGCAUGUCGGCCAUCAUCCACGGGGGGGCCCUGCCCUGCCUGUGCGACCCCCAGGGCUCGCUGAGCUCUGAGUGUGAGCCCAGUGGGGGGCAGUGCCAGUGCAAGGCCAGCGUGAUGGGGCGUCGCUGCCACCACUGCUCCCCGGGCACCUUCGGCUUUGGGCCCAGCGGAUGCCGAGCCUGCCAGUGCAACAGCGACGGGGCCCUGAGCAGCUUCUGCGACAGCUUCAGUGGGCAGUGCCCCUGCCGGCCAGGCGCCUUCGGGCCCCGCUGCGACCGCUGCCAGCCUGGCUCCUGGGGCUUCCCCCACUGCCAGCCCUGCCAGUGCAAUGGGCACUCAGAGGAGUGCGACCCACGAACCGGCAGCUGCCUGCACUGCCGCGACCACACGGAUGGCGACAGAUGCCAGAGGUGCGCAGCUGGUCACUAUGGGAACCCCGCACUGGCCUCGGGAGAGCGCUGCCGCCCCUGCCCCUGCCCCGACGGGCCCAGCAGCGGCCGCCACUUCGCCGCCUCCUGCCGCCAGGACAGCCGCUCCCGGCAGGUGAUCUGCAACUGCAACCCCGGCUACACAGGGCUGCGCUGCGAGGAGUGUGCCCCUGGUUACUACGGGAACCCCUCGCGGGCCGGCGGGCACUGCCAGCCCUGCCAGUGCAACGGCCACAUUGACCUGCUGGACGCAGAGGCGUGUGAGCGACGCUCGGGGCGCUGCCUGCGCUGCCUGCACCACACGGAGGGGGCGCACUGCCAGCACUGCCAGGCCGGCUACUACGGCGACGCCACCCGCCACAGCUGCCGGCGCUGCUCCUGUAACGUCCUGGGCACAGAGCGCAGCGAGUGCAGUGCGCAGGAUGAGUGCCAGUGCGAUCGGCGCAGUGGGCAGUGCCAGUGCUUGCCCAGCGUGCAGGGGCAGAGCUGUGACCGCUGCAUCCCCAACUUCUGGAACCUGGCCAGUGGGAAGGGCUGUGAGCCCUGUGCCUGCCACCCCCAGCACUCGCUGGGCCCCGCCUGCAACCAGUUCACAGGGCAGUGCCCGUGCCGGCCGGGCUUCGGGGGCCGCACCUGCGCCGACUGCCGGGAGAACCACUGGGGCGAGCCAGAGCGGGAGUGCCGGGCCUGUGACUGUGAUCCCCACGGGGUCACGAGCUCCCAGUGCCACCGCGCCACCGGGCACUGCUCCUGCCGCCAGGGGGUGUCGGGCGUCCGCUGCGACCAGUGCGCCCGCGGCUUCUCUGGUGCCUUCCCCGACUGCCAGCCCUGCCACCAGUGCUUCGGGGACUGGGACCGUGUGGUGCAGGACCUGGCUGCCCGCACCCGGGGCCUGGCACUGCGCGCCAAACACAUCCAGCAGACGGGCGUCGCAGGCGCCUUCGAGAGGAACUUCCGCCAGCUGGAGGAGAAGCUGGGCACGGCCCGGGCCAUCGUGGACGCCCGCAACGCCACCGCGGCAGCUGUGACCCAGCUGCUGCGCACCAUGGAGGAGCUGCGGCAGCACAUCGGUGAAGCCACAGAGACGCUGACCCAGCUGGAGGGUGAACUCACCAUGACACAGGAUGAGAACUACAACGCCAAGCGCGCCCUGGGCACCCUGGAGCGUGGCGCCCGCGGCCUCAACCUCACCCUGCACGACCUGGCACGCCAGCUCCACCUGCUCAAAAACUCCAACUUCCUGGGUGCCUACGACAGCAUCCGCCAGUCCCACGCCCAGUCACGGGCGGCUGAGCACGAUGCCAAUGCCUCCAGCCUGGCAGUGCCCAGCUCUGUGGCGACUCGGCUGCCACCGGCGCGCUCGGAGCAGCUGAUGGCACGGAGGAGAGACUUCAACCGCCAGAGUCACGGCCAACCGGCGGCGCUGCGAGCUGGCCACCAGGACCGAGCGCUGCAGCUGCGGGAGGUCAACGAGAAGGUGUGUGGUGCCCCCGGGGAUGCCCCCUGCGCCAGCAGCCCCUGCGGAGGGGCCGGCUGCCGGGACGAGGAUGGCAGGCGCCACUGUGGGGGCCUCAACUGCCAGGGAGCGGUGGCCACGGCCAGCAGCGCGCGGGAGCGGGCCCGGCACACCCAGGCCGAGCUGCACCAGGCCAUGGGUGAGGUGGACGUGCUUUUCCACAAGGUGGCCGAGGCCAAGGGGAAGGCUGACUCGGCCCGGCUGAGGGCGCAGGCGGCGCUGGACAAGGCCAACGAGAGCAGGGCGCGUGUGGAGCGCUCCAACACGGCUCUGCGCGAGCUCAUCCACCAGAUCAAGGGCUUCCUGAGCCAGGAGGGGGCCGACCCCGACAGCAUUGCGGCGGUGGCCGGGCGGGUGCUGGCGCUCUCCAUCCCGGCCUCGCCCGACCAGAUCCGCCACCUGGCCGAGGAGAUCAAGGCGCGCGUCCGCAGCCUGGCCAACGUGGAUGCCAUCCUGGAGGAGACGGCCGGCAAUGUGCGCCGGGCGGAGCAGCUGCUGCAGGACGCCCGCAGGGCCAGGUUGCGGGCAGAGAGCGUGAAGAACGGGGCUGAAGUGGGGAGGCGGGCGCUGGAGGAUGCCAGGCGAGCCCAGAGCGCCGCUGAGAGCGCCAUCCGCAGCGCCAGCAGCGACAUCCGCCACACGGAGGGCACCCUGAGCACGAUCCAGCUGCAGGCGGCGAGCACAGAGCGCCAGCUGCAGGGCGCCAUGGAGCAGGUGGGGCGGCUGGACAGCCAGCUGGGGGCGCUGAAGCUGAGACGGGCCAAUAACAGCCUGGUGGCCACACGGGCCAGGGACACGGCCAACGCUGCGCAGGCCCGGGCCCGGGAGGUCAAGCAGCUGGCAGAGGGGCGGCUGGAGGCCGGGUACCAGGCGGCACAGGAGCUGGUGCAGAACCAGGCACGUUCCGCGCUGCAGGCCAGGCUCCGGGCGGAGCGGCUGCGUGACGAGGCCAAGGCUCUCCUGCAGGAUGCUCAAGGCAAGCUGCAGCGCCUGACAGCGCUGGAGGGGUCAUACCAGGAGAACGAGCUGGUGCUGGAGGAGAAGGCGGCCCAGCUAGAUGGGCUGGAGGCCAAGGUGAAGGGCAUCGUGGGUGCCAUCAAUCAGCAGAUCCAGAUCUACAACACCUGCCAGUGACCCCGAGUGCCCACCGGCCUGUCACCCCCAACCCAGCCAGCCCGUCCCCAUGCCCAGCCCCCUCUCCAUGUCUGCCAGGACCUGGGCUCCCCUGCUUGGCUCCAGCCCCCUGGGAGAGCCCUGCCCCCUCGGGACGUCCUGGGCCCCUGUCCCGGGCUGGCACGGUGCCCCUUCCGCAACCCAGGGCUCUGCGCUGCCUCCGGCCGGGGGCACCGGGACCCUGACCCAGCGCUAGGCUGGGGGGCUGAGGGGGACUCGCACCUGCCACAGCGGGCGGGGCGGGGCACAGGGGCCGCGAGACGAGGUCUUGCAUCCUGUGGUGCUUUGCCCUGGCACGUGGCGGGGGCAGCUUGCGUG